AAAUGUCCGAAUUGCUCGCUGGAACCAAGUUGAUCAACCAAGACAGCGAAGAGCUCGAUGCUGGCGAGCACCUCAAGGGAAAGGUCGUCGGACUCUACUUCUCGGCCAGUUGGUGUCCACCAUGCCGUCAAUUCACUCCAAAGCUCACUCGAUUCUUCGACGAGAUUCGCAAGAAGCAUCCAGAAUUCGAGGUUGUUUUCGUGUCUCGCGAUCGUGAAGACGGUGAUCUCCGUGAAUACUUCCUUGAGCACAUGGGCGCCUGGACUGCAAUUCCAUUUGGAACUCCAAGAAUUCAAGAGCUUCUUGAACAAUACGAAGUGAAGACGAUCCCAUCAAUGCGCAUUGUCAAGCCAAACGGAGAUGUCGUUGUUCAGGACGCUCGCACCGAGAUUCAGGACAAAGGAAAUGAUCCAGAAGCUCUCUGGGAAGAGUGGCUCGCUUUCUACGAUUAAAUUUUCUCCACCAACGUAACACCAAAAAAUUUCAAGUUUCCUUUCACUCUAAUUUAUCAAUUGUCACAAUUUCUCACCAUAAUUUCAAAUAUUGCGGCUAAUUUCGUACAUUUCCCAUAAAAACUUUCGCAGCCAAA